GGGAGGGGAAGGGCUGAGGGGAAGGGCUGAGGGGAGGGGAAGGGCUGAGGGGAGGCUGCCGGGGUUUUUCCCCAUUCCCGUCCUUCAGCCGCUGCUUCCCCGCCAUGGCCUCGGACUCCGGGGACGGGCACGCCACGCUGAAGCGGUGCCUCGGUGUGCUCAGGGACGCGAGGAACGACAGCGAGCACUUCGCGGCGCUGCUCCUGGUGACCAAAGCGGUCAGGGCCGGGGAGGUGGAUGCCAAGACCCGCCGGCAGAUCUUCGAUGCCAUCGGAUUCACAUUCCCAACCCGGCUGCUGAUCUCGGGGCAGCCCCCACCCGGCUGCCCCCCGCACACCUUCCGCGCCCUCGGCCUCACGCUGCUCGCCUGCUUCUGCACCGACCCGGAGCUGGCCGGGCACUCCCAGGUCCUCAACAAAAUCCCCACCUUCAACGAGGUCCUGCUUUCCCCCUGUCCCCCUGACUGCACAUCCAUGGUGGACGAUGUGUACCAGUGCCUGAGCGCUGUCCUGGCCACGGCCAGGGGCCCCAGGGAGCUGGUUGCCAAAGGGACGGUGUCUGCCCUGUGCCAGGCCUACCUGAGCGGCGGCCACGGCUCUGACCGUGCCCUGACGCUGCUCCUGGGGCUGUUGGCCGUAGCAGAGGCCAGGUGCUGGCAGAGGGAUGCUGCACAGCUCCUGGCCGUGCUCAGCAAGCUCUCCAGUGACUUCCUCAAGGCUGAGGACAUGACCAAGUUUGAGCUGUGCGAGGUUCUGCCUCACUUCAUCCCCCUGUCAGCUCCACUCACGCGGGACUCGCAGGGCUCCGAGUGCCUCCACAGGGUGUACAAAGGGCUGGCUGACAUUUUGGGCAGCAAACUCAGCCAGUCGCAGCGGGACCCCGCGCUGAAGCUCGCAGCCGGCCUCGUUCAGGCCUGUGGGGCAGAGUGGAUCCCAGCAGGGAGUGCUGGCAGCAAGUUCCUGGCCUUGCUGGUGAACCUGGCUUGUGUGGAGGUCCGCCUGACCCUGGAGGAGCCAGAUCCCGUGGAGCUGGAGGGCAAGAAAGAAGUGGUGACAGCCUGCUAUGUCCUUAUGGAGAUGGGGAUCCAGGAGUGCCUGAGGGAAGAGAACCCGCUGCUGGACGAGGUGCAAAAAGUGCAGCUCAUGAGGAUUAUGGAGGAGGCAUUUGGAGCUGUAAUAUUCUACCUGAGACAGGUUAAACAGGAGGAUCUACAAGAUCCUUUCAUAUUUGCUUCUGUCCGAGUCCUUGGAGCCUGGAUGGCAGAAGAAACAUCGUCCCUCAAGCAGGAAAUCUGUGAGCUCUUGCCCUUCCUUGUUCAUUAUGCCAGGAAGCUUUUCAAGGAGGGCAGCCCAGCUGUGAGUCUUCCCCAGGCAGAGCUGGGCAGCACCGAGGGCCCUGCCUUACCCCAGGAUGCUCUGAGGUUUCUGCUACCUGGUUUUUGCCAUUUGACAGCAGAGGACAGGCCCCGGGCCAUCCUGGUCUCCCAAGGGGCACCAGCACUGCUGUGUGAGUACUUCCUCCAUCAGUGGGAGGUUCUGAGCUCCGAGCCCACGGCCCCAGCACCCCUGACGAGCACUGAGAUGAGCCUGCAGACCCUGUGUGGCAUUUUCCUCAACCUGGUGGUGACUGCUCCAGACCUGGUCAGGCAAGACAAAGCCUUUUCCUCCUUGCUGGAUGUGUUGCUGAAGUCUCUCCCACUUCUGCUGCCCCAGGAACAUCACCUGGUUCUGGCGGCGAACGUUGCCACUCUGGGGCUGAUGCUGGCCAGGAUCCUCUCAGACUCAGCAGCCCUUCAGGGAACACAGUCUGCCAAGGAGUUUUUCGGAGCCACCCUUCGGUUCCUCUCGCAGGCCCACACGGCCCAGGCAGACCCUGGCAGUGACAGCCUGGCCCUGGCCGUGUCUCCUGCCUACAGGGGUGCCUGGGAUGACAUCCAGGAGCUGUGGUUCCUGGGAAUGCAGGCCCUGGCCGGCUGCAUCCCGCUGUUCCCCUGGCUGCCUCCGGCCGUGCUGCGGGCGCGCUGGCUGGAAGGGCUCUCGGAGCUGCUGUCCCGUGUCUCUCCAGCCUCCCUGGAUUUUGAGCUCAUCACUGCGUUCCAGGGAGUGCUGGUGGCGCUGGCCAGAGCCAGUGAGCCCUGCAGGGAUGUGAUCCUGGCCCACCAUGGCACGGAGUGGGCCAACCUGUACGGAAUGGCAGCUCUGGAACAGUGUCUGGUCAAGCAGUGAGGAGCCACCAGCACCCUGGGUGGGAAAUGAAGUCAGACACCUGCACCACUUCUGUGCCAGGUGGGCACAAAGAGACCCAUUUCACUGACCAAAAACUGGAGUCAUGCAGCAGAGCCUGGCAGGAUUGGCCCUGUCCACACUCCACACCCUGGUGUGCAGAACUGCUGCUGCCUCGGAACAUUUCACCCCUGCUUGACCUGCUGUCAGGAUUUCUCUGUAAAAACAACCUGUUUUGUUAUUAAAGAUAUUUUCUGGUGCUUUGUUUUUCAAA